ACUACAUACACUUACCUACCUGGGCUAUCACAUGCCGGAAACAUACGCCAGCCAUAAAAAAUAUCUCGUGGUCUGAGACCAUCCUCAAGUCAACAACAUCAACAUAAUGUCUGUACCACCACAGCUCAUUCGCGUGAAGCGCAAGGCCACUGAAGAGGCCCCUGUUUCGUAUCUACGUGUUCAGGAAACCAAGAGACACAGGAGUAAUGUCUUUGUUUACCAGCGCCAAAAUGAGGAAGCCACUUUUGCCGAAAACAUUCCUGCCCAGAUUCAGAAGCCCAUCAUCCACACCUCGCCCCAGAGCCGCCGAACCCCAGCAUUCCAAAGCACCGCGAGACAAAAUAUCCCUCCUAACAAACAUGUUUCUGGUGCCAAGAACACGACCAUUGACAAUAGUAAUGGAGUACAAUCGGCCAACGCCCCUACAAACACCAACACACUCGGCACCGCCUCCGUCCCUGCCUCUACGUCCGAACCCCGACGGUUUCACAUGUCGCGCAAGGAUAUGUUGUUAGCUGCAUCUCCUCACCCAGGUCGCCCCCAUGGAGGCAUUUCCAAGAAAAGGGCUGCGCCCGCCAUGUUCGUCGAGCGAAAGAUAAAACGCGUUGCCUCGAGCACUCUUGAAAAGCUUCAUGCCGCCAACAAUGACUUGGCCGCUGAACCCCUGCCCCCCAACGCCUCUACGGCUGAAACUAUGCAAUUGGAUCAGCCUGAACCUAGGAAGUUCAAGAAACCCGGCGUUGCGAAGCUGGCAGCCAAGGAUAAUAGAGCAAAGGAUAGACCAGAGCUACCUAAAUCUAUGACGGAUCGUUGGAAUGUCGACAUGCAGCAGCUAACCGCUGAUAUGGAAGCGUACGCAAUGCAGCAAAUAGGCCUUAACCUCCAGAGGGCUGAGGAUGAAAGACGCGAGCAAGAAAGGGCAAGGAACAGCACUCCAUCCAAGCUCAAAUUCAAGCCUAAGCCUCCUGCGAAGCGCUAUGCAGAACGUCAUCCCGGAGAGGCCACACAACCAACCGAUAGAGAAAUGAUGGAUGUUGAUGUUGGACACAGUGAUAGCGACGACAGCGACUACAUCAUCGAGACCUACGUUCGUGUUCCAGCCAGCAGCAUGGGAGACCACGUACCACCACAGAGUGUGGGACUCUUGGUGUUUGAUGAGGAGCCCGAUAUAGAGUUCUUCUACGGAGAAGACGACGAGAGCGAAGAUGAAUGGGCUGAAGAUGAAGAAGACGAAAACGCUGAAAACUACUAUACGGCAGACUACCCCGACGAAGAGGUGGCCUCAGAUGACGAGUUCGACAAGAACCCUUACUCAUUCCGGACUGGCAAUGCUUCAGAUUUAGAGGAAUAUGAUAUAGAUCAUAGCGAUGAUGAGCCUGACGGGGAGAACACUAAGAGCCAGUUCAGGACGUAUAUAGGGCGAAAUGGGCUUCGGAGUAGACAUCUAUGAAAGCUACUAGACCCUGAAGUACCUCCCUAAUCAGCGUGUGAAUCACGAUCAGACGCACGUGUCAAUCUCGGAUAUCGAAAUGGAUCUACAUUACGCUACUAAAC